AUAUGAGAAAAAGGAUUCAAUUUUUUUUGUUUUGUUUUGAAUGUUUGAAUCGUAAUUCAUUCGACAUUCAGAAGAUUGUCAUUACUGGAAGUACAUUCAUCAUUACUGGUCAUUGAAGAAUAAUGAUAAAAAAAAUGAUUGAACAAAAAACCAAAAUGUUUUUCUGUCUGAUGAUUAUAUCAUCAUCAUUAUUGGCAUUGAAUAAUGCUUUAAAAACCGAAGAAGAAUGUCUUGGUGAAUUUGAAUUCUGGUCUUGUCAAUCACCAACACGAAAAUGUCAACGUAUUUGUGAAAAUAAAGGUAUCGAUAAAAAGAAAUUAAAAUGUGAUGGUGAAUGUCAACGUGCUUGUGUCUGUGAAGCUGGUUAUCUACGUGAUGGUAUCGAUGGUGAAUGUGUUUAUGAAACUGAAUGUUUCAAUAAUAAUAAUAAUGAUGAUUCGACACAAAUUGAACAAAUUGAAUCGGAAUCUACAACAACGACAACGACGACAACAGCCAGACCAAAAACGAAAAAAGUAAAAAAUAACAGCGCUGGUAAAAAAUUAGCUGAUGUAAAGCGAAAUAAACCGAAAAGAUUUACCGAUACGGAAUUUAUCGAUAAUGAAGAUCGAUUCGAUGAAUUUGGUACGGAAGAAAUUAUCGAUAAUAAUGGUGAUGAGGAGGAAGAGACUGAAGGAGAGGAAUCAUUUUAAAAAAAAUUUUCUCAAAAUUUGAAAUUUUUUUUUUUCAUUUUAAAAUUUAAAAAAACAAUAAAUAA